AGUGCCCAAGGUGCCUAAGGAAGUUGUUCCUGAAAAGAAAGAGCCUCCCGUGGUUCUCAAGAGGCCAGAAGUCCCACCUGUCAAAGUGCCUGAAGUUCCCAAAGAAGUUGUUCCAGAAAAGAAAAUAGUCAUUCCCAAAAUGCCCGAAUUCCCACCAGCUAAAGUGCCAGAAGUGCCAAAGAAACCUGUCUUAGAAGAGAAACCAGCCGUUCCUGUUCCCAAGAAAGUGGAGUCUCCUCCUCCAGAAGUAUAUGAAGAACCCGAGGAAAUUGCUCCUGAAGAGGAAGCACCAGUUCCUGCUGUGGAAGAAGAGGAGCCAGAAGCCCCACCACCGGCAGUGCCUGAAGAGCCCAAGAAGAUUGUUCCAGAGAAGAAAGUUCCUAUCAUCAAAAAACCAGAAGCUCCUCCUAAAGUACCUGAGAUGGCAAAGAAAGUUGUCCCACCGAAGAAAGUCCCAACUGUUAAGAAGCCAGAAACACCAGAAGCUAAAGUGCCCGAGGUGCCCAAGAAACUUGUUCCAGUAAAGAAAGAACCAGUGCCUGUUACCAAAAAACGAGAAGUCCUUCCAGAAAAAG